AAGAAACAUGAGACAAAAUGUACUUAUAAAGCGUUUAACAACUGUUUUUACAACAUUUUCCGUGUUUAUACUCAUUACUUUUAGAACAAACCAUACUGAAAUUGGAGAGAUGCUACUUUUCAAGGAUACAAAGGAAAUUUGCAAGCCUGUAAACAAAGUAGGGUUCUUGAAAAUACAUAAGUGUGCGAGUAGCUCUGUACAGAAUAUCAUAUUAAGAUAUGCUUUGAAGAAUGAUCUGAAUGUAGUAUUGCCCUCAGCUGGAAACUACCUGGGUUUGUCAACACCAUUUUCUAGGGCUAUGAUAAAAGGCACAGCUUGGGAGAAAGCCGGACUAGAAUAUCAUAUGUUUUGCCUUCACACUGUCUGGAACCAGGACGAGGUUGAGAGAACUCUAGGGGGAAGAGCAGGAGUUAAAUAUUUAACUAUGAUCAGGGAUCCUGUUACUACAUUUGAAUCAGCCUGGGGGUAUGCACAAAUGUCAGGCUUCUAUAAGAUGGAUUUAGAAACAUUUGCUCUGUCACCAAAAACAGGAUUGCUAUCAAAGAAUCCCUUUAAACCAUUUGGGCAGAACCAACUGCUUCAUGAUUUUGGUUUACAUCCAGACAACUUCAACAAUAGUUCUGCUGUUCUAGAGAAAAUAUUAGAAAUAGAAGCUAAUUUUAAUCUUGUGCUCCUUGCAGAAAGGUUUCAAGAAUCAAUGAUAUUAAUGAAAAAUGAACUACAAGUGAAUGUAAUUAGAAUUUAG